AUGCAUCGUCGAGAGGUCGCCCCCGGGCGGUCCUGCCUUGAAUGCCGCCGCCGCAAGAUCAAAUGCGACCGGUCGCAUCCGUGCUCCUACUGCGUCAAGGUCCACAUCCACUGUCAAUACCCUCCGCCACGGCCCUCUCACGGGCCGGAUGUUGAUAGACGCGGGGCAUCUCUGGGGUUAAACACUGCAGCUGCUGAGGAAUGUCCCUCCGCAGUUGGAGCGACCUCCUCGCGGGGAGGGAAUGGGAGCUAUCAAGCUCCAGACAUCGAGAACGUCCAAGUACCUCCAUUGCAAGGCUCAUUCCAGAGUCUAAUGGCAGGCCCAUCGCACUCUCCUGCUGCAAACCGCUCGUCAAGUCUUCUCAGACCACAAGCGGCCAUUGAUCUCACGGCUUUCCGCCCGUCGUUGGCAUCGGCCAUGCUCAUUUGGCAGCAGUACCUGGACGUUGUGGAUCCCCUCCUCAAGAUAUUCCAUACUCCGUCGGUACAGCAGCUGGUUGUGAGGGCAAAUUGCAGCCGAGAAAAGAUGGAUAUUGCGGCAGAAUGUUUGCUAUUCGCGAUAUACUACGCAGCCGUUGCAGCGAUGUCUCCGCUAGCCUGUAAAACACAGCUGGAGGGCGAAAGAGGCAUCCUGCUGAAGAGAUAUCGAAUUGGAGUCGAGUAUCUGCUUUCUCAUUUGGACCUUUUGAACUCGACCGACAUGACUGUACUGCAAGCAUUCACUCUUUACCUGACAAUUGGGAGAAGCGACCAAGAUGGUCCCGACGUCUACGCGCUGGUUGGGCUCGCUACUGGCAUGGCUCUCAAGAUGGGACUUAACCAAGACGGAGAAGCCCUCGGACAGCCGCCAUUCGAGGUGGAAAUGCGCCGGCGACUCUGGUGGCAGCUCUUCAUUCUGGAUAUCCGGGCUGCGGAAGACCGCCAGUCGGAGCCUUGUAUUCUGGAGUCUUCGUUCAAUACGCGGUUGCCAUCAAAUAUAGGGGAUGCUGACCUUCAUCCUCAGAUGAGUAGCCCCCCAGUUUGUGGACACAACCGAACGGAGAUGUUAUAUAGCCUUGUGCGCUUUGAGGGCAGUUACUUUGCCCGGCAGAUGGUCUUUUCUGAUGGGUUCGAUCAGGCCAACGCGUAUAUAUCGUUGUCGACGAAGCAAAAGCGCCACGCGAUUGAUCUCUUCCAGAAGCGCAUCGAGGACCAGUAUCUCUCACAUUGUGAUGAUAGUAUCCCUAUAGAUAAGGUCACCAGAUGGUCCAUCCGACUCAUCCUUGACAAGCUGAGAUUAGCAGCUAUCGAUCAGACAGCAGAGGACGCCCGACAAGGGUGCAUAAAGCUCUUGCAGGAUGCCGGAGAACUUAGAAGAUAUGAAGGGGGGAAGCAAUGGCUUUGGCUUUUUCAGACAUACAUCGAAUGGGACGCAUUGGCGUGUCUACUACAGAACCUACGUACUGAUCCAGUCAGAGAAGAGCACGAUGAAGGCUGGCACACAGCCCGUGACGUGUAUACCUACUGGAAGAACCAUGAGUCUGUUCGACGGGACCGACGUUGGGAUCAGAUAGAAAGGUUGUCGCAGGAAGUGUUUGCUACACGGAACGAGACGUCCGUAGGCGUUCACUGGUUUGGACACAAGUAA